CAUUUUGUUCGGUCCAGCGAUUUAGAGGUUGCGGCGAUGUCGAAGGAUUCGGAGCGGGCCGCGUACAACUUGCCCCCGGUCGACGUUCCGGACCCUGAACCGCUGGUGCCCGCUUCCGGCCCAACUCUCUUCUUCGACAAGCUCUUUUACUACACGGUAGACAGACCGGUCACCCUGUACAGAGAAUGGAUUGAACACCUGCGUGCAAACCAUAAGGUUUAUUACUAUCACCGGGAGUUUCGCCGGGUGCCAGACAUUACAGAAUGCAUGGAGGACGACUACCUGUGCAUCUACGAAGCGGAGAUGCAGUGGAAACGAGAUUUGCAGGUUGACCAGGAAAUUGUGAAAAUCAUACGGGAGAGGGUAGGUGCUUGCAAAGUCCGGGAAGGCGUGAAUGCUGCUGAAAAUUGUGCAAAUGACAUACAGCUAUUUAAAGAUGUGGCCAAAGCUUAUAGGGAUCGAUAUGAUGACCUAGGUGCUUUUGGAUCUGCUCGCAGGUGUUUAAUGAAGCAGAAGCAUCGGAUGAUUGCUGAAAGGAAAGCCCAAGCAGAAGCCAAGGCCUAAUAGGCAGAA